CCCGCCCCUCCGGUCGUCCAUCAUCCCGAUAAGAACUUGAAGCGAUGCAGGCCCCCCCGAUGAAUGUCCCUCCGAUGAAUGUCCCUCCCCCCCGCUGGACCACCACCUACUCGUACGACCCCCUGGUCUCCAAUGCCCGCCUCCUCGCGGAUGCCAGCCUUCUCGAGGAGGACGGGCGCGCCCUCACCGCACUCACACAGGGGACACAGAGCGAGGUGCCGCUCCCCAUCGCCUCCCGGCUCCUCACAGGCCCGGGGCAGGCAGUCUCCCCGCCGCCCUUCCUGCAGAUGGAGCCCGACAUGAGUGUGCGGGACCACCAGCUCAGCAUCGACUGCCUGUUCGCACACAUGAACUCGGUCAGUCAGAGUGAAUGCCAGGGGGGGAGGGGACGACACAUGAGUGGUUGUGGUCUCGUUGGUUGGUUGCAGCGUGUUCGCGCGAAGCUGGUGGACUCGAGCGACCCGGAGGAGGUGAAUGUGCCGCGGGAGGUGGUGGACUUCCUCUGCGAGUACUACCCGGAGCACCUCCACGGAUGGGCCAACAUAUGGCUCGGACGUCAGGGAACCCACAAGCCGCCACAACAAAUACAUGAACAUAGAGACAGAGACGGUUGACCUCUGUGUGUGUGUAUGCGUGUGCAUGCAUUCAGAGCGUGAUUUGAUGCAGGAGAGGCAGUUGGUGGGAGAGUUCUUCCAGCACUACAAGGUGGGCGAGGGCGUCGCCGAGCAAUUCGUCAAGGCAGGAUUCGACACGGUGAGACACCGAUCCAGCGACGAAGUAUUCCGCCACCCAUGGCAUGGCAUGCGUGGCUUCAUUCAUUAGCUGGAGACGCUUGUGACGAUGACUCCCGAGCAGCUGGACCUCAUCGAGGAGUACAACCAGCUCAGCUGGCUCCCGGGUCACAAAGUCCGGCUGGAGGUAAGCGAAGCGCACAAAGGUGCCGUCCCCUUCCUUCUUGUGCAUGAGCUCCUUCCUGCAUGUCCGUCCAUUGCUGCUGCCGCUUGCCUUGGUCAGAAUAUGUUCACCGAUAUCGACGCCAAGGUCCGCUCCUUCCGCAAAGUGAGUGAGUCAGCCAGGUCAAGCCAAGAAUCCAAUGACAGAGAGAACAACCCCCCGCCCCCACAUGUGCCCCCACCUCCGCGUGUGUCUGCGCCGCAUCAGGAUCGUGAGAUUUUGGCUCGCCGCAUCCGCAUGGCCCCUGCGCUGGUGCCUCACCUGCGGAGCCCCUACGGCCACAUGGAAGAGGUGCCCGUCAACAUGGGCACCACACCACAAGGCAUCGUCCAAUCUGAAGUAGGCAGGCUUUGGAAGAAACAGACACAAAAAGAGAACAUCUUCGUCCCCUUAUGCGGCGUGGCCCGCCUCAGCGUGAGUUGAGGGCUGCCGACGCGGCCGCUGCAGUUGCGAGUGCAGGUCAGGGUGAGACAUGGCAGGACAUGGACCAGCAGAGCCGCGACAGCCGCAGGGUGCGGUGCGCACGCACAUCUGUGGUGGUGGUGUCUUGAGAGGAGAUUUGCACCAACGACCAUCUUGUGUGUGCAUAUGUCGUCAGAUGGGUACCGAUUCGGGAGGGUCUGGCGGGGCUGGGGCCACUGGAGGUCAGCCAGCAGCCAAAGCCACUGAUUAGGCACUUGGACGCAUCGCACGCACAAUUGUCUGUCUGCCUGCCUGUCUGUCCGUCAGGUCCUCCUAUGCCCCAGAACCUCACCUCUCCACCACAGCCUUCACCUCGCACACAGGCACCUGCUGCUGCAGCUGCAGCGUAGGCCACGCCACGCACUCACCAAAGCAUGCAUGACACCUGCUCUGCUCUGCCCAUGUAUGUCUCCCUCCCUUUUGUGAUGACAGGGCGGGCGGGCUGGCCGCGACGUCAUCCAUGCCUGCCUUCUCAUCCCCUGCCACAGAGGAGCAAGACCAACAGGACGACUGACCGAGCCAUCGGAGGGGAAGGAUGGAUAUGGCUGCAUGAGAGUGCACAUGGUGUGGGUAUGGCAG